AGUAGUUGGACUGUUAUUGUAGUUUGCUUUUGUUGGUGUUUUCAAUUCAGAAAUGGCAGAAGUUGCGCCUGUAGCACCUACCGAAGCAGCCCCUGCUCCGAUUAAGGCUGUCAAAACUGGUAAGAAAAAAACCGCUACCAAGUCUAAGAAAGCGGGGCCCAGCGUAUCAGAUCUCAUCGUCAAGGCAGUGUCUGCUUCCAAGGAGCGCAGCGGGGUGUCUCUAGCCGCGCUGAAGAAAGCUUUGGCGGCCGGCGGUUACGAUGUGGAAAAGAACAACUCCCGCGUCAACACGGCAGUCAAGAGCCUGGUCAGCAAGGAGACCCUGUUGCAGACCAAGGGCGUCGGCGCUUCUGGCUCCUUCAAACUCAACAAAAAGGUGGCUGAAGCCAAGGAUAAGGCAGCUAAAAAGACUGCGCCCAAACCUAAGAAGCCAGUGGUGAAGAAAGCUGCUCCUAAGAAAGCUCCAGCAAAGAAACCCGCAACCAAGAAGGCAGCUACCAAGAGCCCGAAGAAAGCAAAGAAACCCGCGGCUAAGAAGGCAGCAACAAAGAGCCCCAAAAAGGCAAAGAAACCAGCGGCUAAGAAGCCAGCCAAGAGCCCAAAGAAAGCCGCUAAACCCCAGGCGGCGAAGACAAAGCGGGCAGCUCCUAAAAGACGCUGAACUGAAAAAUCUGAUGUGACCGUUUUGAAAUAAACCCAAAGGCUCUUUUAAGAGCCACCACAGCUUCCUAAAAAGAGCAAAUUAUCAGUUAAGAUAUGUAUCUCUUAAUAGGCAUCCUACUAGUUAAAUUAAAUCAUAGUUCUUGGUA